AGUUUGCAGUUGCAGUAGACGCGCCACCAAGAUGGGCGUGAUCACGUUAAACGUGGUCUCACAGGAGAAGGGCACCAAGAAGACGAUGCAAUUCGAUCCGCAAACGCUCGUCUUCGAUGUGUGCAAAGUGAUCCGCGAGAAACUACACAUGAAUGUCGACCCUAAAGAAUAUGGUUUGAUGAGAAUUGUCGACGAUCCAACGAAAUGCGCUUGGUUAGCGAAUGGACACUCACUAGAGCAUUAUUUAAUACGUCAUCAGGACACAGUAGAGUAUCGAAAAAAGAUUCGUCUCCUAAAAGUACGUAUGCUGGAUGGCUCAGUAAAAACGAUUCCAGUGGAUGAGAGCCAACCAGUCGGACAGCUAAUGGUUGGCGUUUGCACGAAAAUAGGUAUCUCCAACUACGAAGAGUAUAGUUUGGUCCGUGCAACCGAACCAGAUUCACGAGGAUCCAUGAUGAAUCUUAAAGAUGACCGAUCCCGUGUCAUUGAUGGAGAAAAAGGAAAAGGAAUGAUGGGCACCCUUGGCAGAAAAAAAGAGCAAAAACUCGAACAACUACGGCAAAAACUGCAUACUGAUGAAGAGAUGGCUUGGGUGGAUCAUAGCAAAACGUUACGAGAACAGGGUAUUGGAGAAGAUGAAACACUGCUUUUACGACGAAAAUACUUCUUCAGCGAUACAAACGUAGACAGCCGUGACCCAGUGCAGUUGAAUCUGCUCUACGUACAGUGUCGUGAUGGAAUCUUACGAAGUCUCCAUCCAGUCACAAAAGAAAUCGCCUGCGAUUUGGGAGCCCUCCAAUGUCAGAUCGAAUAUGGUGAUUUCCCAGAGAACAAGCCCAAAUUUUAUAUUGAAGGACGUGACUUCUUGCCCAAAGAGUAUGCAAAGAGCAAGGAAAACGAGAAGAAAAUCGUUCAGCGUUACAAAGAGCUGUCCGGAACAUCAGAUCUGGAUGCGAAAAGCAAAUAUGUGCACAUGUGUCGCGGACUAAAAACUUAUGGCGUCACAUUCUUCCUAGUCAAAGAAAAGCUACUCGGAAAGAACAAACUCGUGCCACGACUUCUUGGCGUCAACAAAGAAUGUGUGAUGCGUGUAGACGAAAAGACGAAAGAUGUGCUCAAAGAAUGGCCACUCGAGCAAGUUCGUCGAUGGAAUACCUCACCAAGGACAUUCACCUUGGACUUCGGUGACUACCAAGAUGGCUACUACUCGGUGCAAACCUCUGAUGGUGAAAAAAUUGGACAACUCAUUGCUGGAUACAUCGACAUCAUAGUCAAGAAGAAAGCCAUGCGGGACCAUCUAGGUAUUGAGGGAGAUGAAGGCUCCACUAUGCUGGAAGAUGUGGUAGCUCCAGCUAAGGCAACCCUGGUUGCCCAUGGCCAAAUCGGUGCCGGGCAGCAUGCACAAGAUGGACAUGUUGCACUGCGGGGCGUUUUGCGCACACCACAACAGCAACCACAAGGCUACGGUUACGGUAUCAACGGUGCCCAAUACGGUGCGGUCAGCGGAGAAAUUCAACAACAAAGUCUUGGAAGGGCUCAACGUCUGCAUAUUCUCGACACUUAUGAGCAUCCGCAACGUGCUCUGGUUGGCACAAUCGAAGCGACGAUCAAAUCGGUUGCGGAAGCGGAAGAGGAGCUGGAACGCGAGCCGCACAUUGAACUGCCACGAUUCCAUGACGAUUAUUCGAGAAGGAAAUGGGUGGACGAACAGGUUACCAUCAAUAAGGAAAAUGUCAAUGAACGUUUGGCCGCUAUGGGUGCUGCCACCGCUCAGGUGGUGCAAUGGACUGCUGUGCAAGAAGAAUAUGAUGAUCGUGUUGGAACGGCUAUUGCAACCAUUGGAUCGAAUCUUCCAGAUGUUGGAAGGAAUGUUCGUGAUCUAGCACACUUUAUGCCGGAAAGAAGAAGAGAUGAUCUGGUGGAAGCAACACGUAAGUUAUGUGGAGCAUUUGGCGAUUUUCUACAUGCUGUCAAUCCUGAACAUGAGGAAAAGAGAACAACGGUUUUGGCAGCAGCCGGACGAGUUGGCGAUUUCUCGCAGCAGGUGAUCAACACCAUGGACGAGCCUACGCAUGAGCAAUCAUACUUCCACGAUCAUCUCGUCCAAAAGGCGAAGAAUGUGGCUACUAGCACCGCGCAACUCGUCCUGAGAGCCAAAACAAUCUCUGCCGAAUGCGACGAACCUGUGCUCCAAGAAAAAGUCAUCCAUUCGGCUACACAAUGCGCUUUCGCGACGUCGCAACUCGUCGCGUGUGCCCGAGUUGUCGCGCCAACCAUCGAAAGCCAAGCUUGUCAAGAACAGCUUACAAAUGCGGCCAAACAGGUGUCGCAUGCGGUCACGGAACUUUUGCACGAUGCAGAAUACGCGUGCGAAAGGAGCCAUACGGAUGGUCGACAAGCUCUUCAAGAUAUUCAUGAGGCAGCUAGACAGGUCACCCAUGCUUUGGAUAGCCUUUUGGAGCAUGUGAAGACGUCACCGAAGAUCACAAAGACCACCGAAGAGGAGCAGUAUAAUGAAGUUCUAAGGACAACUCAUAAACUGAUCGCUCAUCAGGGUCCAAGCGAAGACCUCACCAGAGAAGCGAAGAAAGUCAUUCGCCAUAGCCAAAUUCUUAUGGAACAAUUCGAACAUGAAGCUCAUGAACAUCCCGAACGGAAAGAUCGUCUAUUGGAUGCUGCUCGUCGUGUCGCGACCGCUACUAGCGAUAUGAUUGAUGCCACGAGGGAAUGCGAAUCACGUCCAACUGAAGCAGAAUCGGAAAUGGCGCUAAGAAACGCGGCUGAACGUUUGGUAACGGUGACCAAUGAGACUACAAGUGAACAACAAGCUAAGCAUAUUAUGGAAAAACUCGAACAGGCUGCUCGUCAAACUGCCUACGAAGCCACUCAAACAAUUGCUGCUGCUAAUGCUGCUAAGGAACUCAUCAAGACCAAAACUACUGUGGAAAAUCUGGUGUAUGAAUGUACUGAAACAGCUGAACAUGUGCCAAGGCUAAUCACUUCCAUCAGGGAAAGCCAACAAUCAAAGACUGAUAGCGAAAAAUUCCGAGCUCAAAGUCGCCUGAUUAGGGAUGCCCACCAGAUCCUGGCCCCUGCUACUCGUCUUGUGGAAGUAGCCCGUACCUCAGUGGCUCAUGUUAGCGAACCUCAUGUCGCUUCCAACCUCCAGCAGACCAGCAAUGGUCUGUCCACUAACCUUGCUGAGCUCAGAACGGCUCUGAAUGCUGCGCAACAACUCAAUUUCAGCCAGCAGUUGAUCCAUAGCGAGGAACUUAUCAAGGAACUCGACCAAGAACUUGUAGAAGUCCAAAAAGCUGCCCAGCUGAAACAGUUGUCAGCACCUCGUGGUGUAACUUCCCAGUCUGCUACUUCGCAUCUAAUGGGAUCAGCUAGACAAGUUGGAAGCAGCAUAGCUCAACUGGUCUCGGCUGCUGCUGGGCAAGACGAGCAUCACAUUGGAGCGUCGGCUGUGGAAGCAGCUCAGAGCCUAAGGGCUUUCACUACUGGAGUCAAGGAAGUGGUAGCGACAAGGAAUGACAUUCAGCUUGACUCCUUCAUCGUGUCCUCGCGUUCGGUCGUGCACGAUUCUGGAAGAGUUUUCGAUCGCGUACGUGAACAUGCUGCUCCACCAGUAUUAGCUGAUGCUGCUAAGCAGGUAUCAACAAGCCUCCGCCAAGUGAUCGCCUGCCUUCCUGAUAACCAAGCUAUCGAAAAGGCCAUAGCUCAAAUUCGUACCAUCGGUGUUUCCACUACCGUUCGUGAAUCGGAUGUCCGAGUCGCUGCGUCACGACUUGUUGAUGCCACAUCGCAGCUUCUCGUCGCCGUUCGUCAACCGAACAACCAAGAAGCCGUCGAUGCCUUUGUGAACACAUAUACCGAUUUCCAUGCAGCUGUCAUCGCUUCGGUGAAGAGCUUGCCUGACAUGGACUCUCGACGUCGGACCAUUGACAAUCUGGAACUGGCAAGAGAUGAGGCGGUUUCGCUUCUGUCAUAUGCAAGCGCUGCUUCGAGCGAUAUCACGCAGACGAACACCUUGUCGCAGUCAUCGAGGAAGCUUGUUGAGACCGUGAACGAGAUUGUCGAGCAGGUCGGAGUGGAACAGCCGUGGCAGAGGGAGUGUGAUGCUGCGCUUAGACAGAUUCAGGGUAUCCGUCACCUGACAGAGCAUGCAAAUGUACCAGUAAACACGAACUCAUACUUUGGAUGCCUUGACACCAUCACCGAACAGUCACGACAUCUGGGCGAAUCCAUGACUGGCAUAGCUCGCAAUGCUAAGGCUAUGGAUACUCGAGCGCUCUGCACUAGUGUUAGACAAUCCGCCGAUGCUGUUUGCUCCCUAGCUGAGUCCGCAUCCCAGGCAGCUUAUCUGAUCGGGAUUUCGCACCCGAAGAGUGUCCGAGGUGAAACCGCCAUCAUUGACGCAAGUCGAGUCCGACGCAGUGGGAUGCUCGUACGUCAAGUUUGCGAACGUAUCGAGCAGCAAAACUACACUCAGGAGCAGAUAAUCGACGAUGCUACGGUUGUAGCCAAGCACACCUCCAAUCUGGCCAACAUGUGUCGCGAGGCGUCGGAGAAGUCCCAAAACGUCAAUGUCAAGAAAGAAUUCAUCAACUGCGCUGGAAAAGUAGCUGCCGGCACCGCUAAGUUGAUCACUGCUGUGAAACAGCUUGACAGCAGACCUAGUUCCGAAGCCCGUGAAGCAUGCACAGUAGCCGCGCAAACCCUCCGCUCAGCUACUGAACAACUCGAAAGCUAUGUGGAUAAUCCGGACUUUGCCGGUAUGCCAGCACGAAUCAGUCCAUCGGGACGUGAUGCUCAAAUACCGGUGCUAACAUCGACUAGACAGAUGCUCGAUGCUAGCUGUGAAAUGAUCAGUACCGCUAAACAUCUAGCUAUUGCACCAAUGGAUGCUCCUACAUGGCAACGUCUUGCUGAUAAUAGUAAAGAGGUCAGCGAGUCGAUCAAGAGAAUGGUUAGCGCCAUUCAUGCAGCAGCUCCUGGACAGGCUGAAAUGGAUAGAUGUAUUCAUCAGCUGGAGCAGCUCAUUGUUGAUGUUGAACGUAGCUCCCUUGACAUGACCGGAGCCCAAAGCCAGGCAUCGUCUAGCGCAACCGAGAAGAGAAUCCACCAGUCCAUUCUCUGCACGGCCCAGGCCCUAGCAGAGAAAGUGGAUGAGCUAAGAACUGCUGCUGUUUGCAAGGGCGAAGCUCUCCCACACUGCGUUGAAGCCCACUGGGAAACCGUCCAGCCCCUAGCUGCAUCGGCUUGUGAAGCUGCUGCCAUUGCCAGGGACAGUCGUCAACAAGCUGAGCUUUUCGAUAAGUGUAGAACUGUUGUGGAAGCUGAGCUACAGAUGAUGUACGCAUGCAGAGAUGCAGCUGGUAACCCUAAGGCCGUUGAGGCCCACUCGAGAGUUGACGAAGCAGCUGCCAUGCUGAAAGAUGCUUUGGAUGAUAUAAGAAGUACUGUAAGCGCUAUUAGCAGCGAGCAAGGUGUCAUCCAAGGAAUGGUUGAGACCAUCUCGCAUUCCAUUGCCGGUACCGAUAUGAUGCAUGUCGCUACCCAAGGAGCUUCGUUUGCUGAUGCGCAGACCAAGAUUACUGCUUAUUUGGAAGAUAUUAGAAGAACCGCCACUGACAUGCCCUAUGCCGAACCGCAAUCGCUGGGUAAUAUGGCACUUACCAUGAGUGAAAAAUACCGCCUACUAGCUGAGGAAGCGAGACAGGCCGUCGCUGUGCUCUCAUCACCAACUCUGGCCCAGAAACUCAAAGUAGCGGUACAGAAGCUUGGCACAUCUUGCAUUGAUACCGUAAAAGUAGCUGGACAACGCAGAGCGCAUCCUCAAGAUGAGCGCACUCACCGUGAACUCACGGACAACUCAAGGAUCGUAGUUGAAAGAGUGAAUGAAGUGUUGGCAUCUCUCCACGAAGGCUCUAAGGGAACUCAAGCUUGUAUAAACGCUGCUAAUACCGUGUCCGGAAUCAUUGGAGAUCUUGACACGACUAUACUUUUCGCUACAAGUGGAAGUUUAAAUGUAGCUGGUGGAGAGCGUGAUUUCAAUGAGCAUCGCGUGGCCAUCAUCAAAACAGCCAAAGCCCUUGUAGAAGACACUAAAGCGCUAGUUGCUGGAGCUGCUUCUAACCAAGAGCAGCUAGCAGUAGCUGCUCAGAAUGCUGUCAGGACCAUUGUCAACCUUUCUGAUGCUGUCAAGAAUGGCGCAGGAAGUCUGUCCCCCUCGAAUUCUGAAGCUCAAGUGCUCGUGAUCCAUGCUGUUCGCGAUGUGGCUGCUUCUUUGUCGGCCUUGAUCCAAGCUACCAAGAAUGCUUCUGGAAGAUCAUUGCAUGAUCCCGCCAUGGGUCAUUUGAAGGACGCGGCAAAGACUAUGGUCUCGAAUGUCACUUCGCUUCUGAAGAUUGUGAAGACAGUAGAAGAUAAGACACAACAAGGUACAAGGGCUCUAGAAGCUGCUAUCGAUGCCAUUGGCAUUGAAAUCAAGUCGUACGAUCACGAAACUGGCGAGGGUACAUCCGGACCAUCUGGAGCCACACCGGAACAUCUAGCACGCGCCACUAAGCGCGUCACCGACGCGACAACUCGUCUCGCAGGCGCCGCUCAGACCCUACAGCAAAGCGACGUGAUAGCUGCCGCCAAUCUGGCACGAGCUGCCGUCAGCGAGCUACUUAUAGUGUCACGAGCUGCGGCUGCUGAUGCAGAUUCGGCUGAGGCUCGGUAUAGGACACUGGACUCGGGCAGGGAGGUUGCUGCGCAGGUCCGUGGGUUGCUUGUGGCUCUGCACACUGUCCUAGCUCGCAAUGCGGACCAAUCGUCACGCCAACUUCUUCUUGAUGCCUCUAGGGGUGUAGCUAAGGCGGUCAAGGACCUAAUCGGGUGCAGCGAACUGCUCAAGGGUGAUACCUGGGCCGACCAUUCCGACCCCACUAUCAUAGCUGAAAACGAGCUUAUGGGUGCAGCCAGCUCUAUCGAAGCAGCUGCUGUGAAAUUGGCCGAACUUCGUCCACGUGUCCAAGCUACGAAAACCGAUGAGAAUUUAGCGUUUGAUGAGCAAAUUCUUAGCGCAGCUAAGUCUAUCACUGCUGCGGUACAAACGCUUGUCAAAGCUGCAUCAUCAGCUCAACGAGAACUCAUUGCGCAAGGUCGCCUUGAUUCUCAUCCACAGCAACACAGUGAAGAUUAUCAGUGGUCAGAGGGUCUCAUCAGUGCUGCCCGAUUUGUUGUCGCAGCUGUACAUCAACUAUGUGAAGCAGCUAACGCUCUUGUACAAGGCCAAGCAAGCGAAGAAAAACUGAUCUCUGCUGCUAAACAGGUGGCGGCGUCUACUGCUCAACUGCUUGUGGCCUGUAAUGUUAAGGCUGAUAUGGAUAGUCAAGCACGACGACGACUCCAGGCUGCUGGUCACGCUGUGAAGACUGCAACCGAACGAUUGGUCAGCUCAGCUCGACAAAAUGUCAUCGAAGAUGAGCGUAACAUCGUAAUUUCUGAUCGCCUCGUUAGCGGCAUCGCCCAGGUCAUGGACGCCCAAGAGCAAGUGUUGCGCAAGGAAAAGGAACUCGUCCAUGCUCGGGAACGCUUAGCAAACCUGAACAAAGCUCGAUAUGAACGAGGAGUGUCACCCGAAGAGUAGAAACGAAUCUUACUCACUUUCGUAGUUAUCAGGAUGCCGCUGUCAAGCAUGGAUCCAACCAUGUGAUUCAAAGUGGGGUCCUGUCAUAACCAUGACAUUGAGAUUGUAUAUAUUCCAACGUUGUUGACUGUUUCUCGCUUCUAUUUGAAUAUAUCCAGACAUAUCGCAGGCCAUAGUCAAUUCUUAUGCGAGCUAAUUUAGCUAAUUGCUCGUCAUAACCUCCCUUGUGCCUUUACAUAACUCGCCGACCAAGUUACAAUGCUGACCAACCACUGCUACUUAUUUAUCUCUCUACGGUUUAUUUAUUGCGACCAACACAUUAAGAUCCUUAUGCUCAACGCACAUAUCGCGUGUCAUUUAUACUACUCGACUGGAAAGCUUUUUGAAACAGCGUUUUUAUUCUCAUGCAUUUUAACUUAUUAUCGGCUGCUUGUGAACGCUGUUGAUUGAUGAAUGAAAGUUCUAUUUCUAAU